AUGGAGGAGAGACGGGCCGAGGAGGUGGCUGCAGAACAUGACGGAUCCCAGAGCUCUGGCAAGGUGGGAGAAACAGCUGAUGCUGAGUCAUCUCCCUGUUUUAUUCAUUCCUUUGGUUCAUACCCAUCAGGCCGGCUCCACGAGGAGCGAGCCUACACCCGGGGUCACUUGACAGUCAGCGCGUCACCCAGGCUGCUGGUGCACAUUUACCAAGAACCUGCUAUGAGCCAGGCGCUGCUCGAUGCGAGGGCUGGAGAAAAACUCAGGGGCAGAUUCCCGGGGCCGAGCCUGAAGGAAGGGUGGGAAGCCACAGGGGAGGCAGCGUCCCAUCCCAGCGGCUGCAAGGCGCUGCCUGACCCAGUGCCCGGCGCCCAUGGCCAGACGGCAGCUGCUUCCUCCCUGAGGGCGGUCCCCACCCCGCAGGCUGCGCGCAGGCCGCAGGAAGGCUGGGUGGGCAAGAGAGUCAAGCUGCAGCUGGAGGAACUUUGUCCCAGGCGUUGCACCCUGGGAGGUUGGGGUGGGAGAGUGCCUGUGCUGGGGGGCGGGGAGGGGGUCACGCUCGGGGAGGGGGGCUGUGGGAGCUGUGACGGGGGCGGGGGGCGCAGCGAGCGCGGAGGAGGAGACGCAGGGCCGGGAGAGCCGGGAUGCGGGGGGCUGCAACGCGGGCCCCCAGGACGCCAGGGUCAACUCACCCAUCGCCCGCCGGGUCUCAGCAGCGGCGGCAGCAGCAGCGGCGGCGGCGGCUCCGCGGCCCCCGGGGCCCCCGGCGGGGAGAUGCUGGCGUCCGCCGCAACCUCUCGCCCCAUCCCGGGCUCCGGCGGCGGCGACUGCGGCGGGCGCCCGGCAUCGCAGGCAGCGCGGCCCCGGCCCGGCCCCGAUCCCCGCCCCGCCGCCCCCGCCCCCACCUCCAACCCGUCCCACGGGCUCGGCGCGGCCGCCUGUCUGCACCCGGGGGCCGCGGCGGGGACCCGGCGAGCGGACCCCGGCGGGGGAGGGCCCCACCGGAGGCAGGCGGGGGAUGCAGAGGCGAGGCCCGAGCGCUGCGCGCAGAGCCUCAGCUGGGAGGGCAGGACCAGGCUGGGCCCACCUGGAGCCCGCUCCAGCCUGCAGCUGCUGCUCCCAUCCACGCCCCCAGCACCUACCCUGGCAAAGGUGCCUCGAAACUCCAGAGAUGUGGCUCGACUGAGCCUCACCCUCAAGAUCAUCUCCUCUGACCCUUGCCCCACGUGGCUCUGCUUACACGCCUCCUGUGACGUGCCGCUCGCUGUCUCCCUUGGCAACUCUUUUCGGUGGGACAGCUUCAGCUAUUAG